UUCUCACAUGAUGACUUCAAACAAGACACAUUACCUUCCAGCAUCUGUUGGGGAGACGGGAUUUUAAGACACUUGAGUCUCCAGGACAGCAAAGGCACAAUGAAGGAGUACAUACCGGGCACCAAAGACUCGCACCCCCGACUUCUUUUUAACGAAAGGGAACGUGAGAAAAAGAAGAAGAAGGAAAAAAAAAAAUAAUAAGAGUCUGGGAGUUUUGGGGCUGAAGUCUUCCCCAGAGCAGCUGCCUUGAUGUUUACUUUGACAAGUAGUGACUGAAAAGUUCCACCAGGUGAGAAGAGUGAUGACCAUCCUUUUCCUUACUAUGGUUAUUUCAUACUUCGGUUGCAUGAAGGCUGCCCCUAUGAAGGAAGCAAACGUCCGAGGACAAGGCAGCUUGACCUACCCAGGUGUGCGGACCCAUGGGACUCUGGAGAGCAUGAAUGGGCCCAAGGCAGCCUCGAGAGGCCUGACUUCCUUGGCUGACACUUUUGAACACGUGAUAGAAGAGCUGUUGGACGAGGACCAGAAAGUGCGGCCCAACGAAGAGAACAAUAAGGACGCGGACUUGUAUACUUCCAGGGUAAUGCUUAGUAGUCAAGUGCCUUUGGAGCCUCCUCUCCUGUUUCUGCUCGAGGAAUACAAAAAUUACCUGGAUGCUGCAAACAUGUCUAUGAGGGUCCGGCGCCACUCUGACCCCGCCCGCCGUGGGGAGCUGAGCGUGUGCGACAGCAUUAGCGAGUGGGUGACCGCGGCGGAUAAAAAGACUGCAGUGGACAUGUCGGGCGGGACGGUCACGGUCCUUGAAAAAGUCCCCGUAUCAAAAGGCCAGCUGAAGCAGUACUUCUAUGAGACCAAGUGCAAUCCCAUGGGUUACACAAAGGAGGGCUGCAGGGGCAUAGACAAAAGGCAUUGGAACUCCCAGUGCCGAACUACCCAGUCGUACGUGCGGGCCCUUACCAUGGAUAGCAAAAAGAGAAUUGGCUGGCGAUUCAUAAGGAUAGACACUUCCUGUGUAUGUACAUUGACCAUUAAAAGGGGAAGAUAGUUGAUUUAUGUUGUAUAGAUUAUAUUGAGACAAAAAUUAUCUAUUUGUAUAUAUACAUAACAGGGUAAAUUAUUCAGUUAAGAAAAAUAAUUUUAUGAACUGCAUGUAUAAAUGAAGUUUAUACAGUACAGUGGUUCUACAGUCUAUUUAUUGGACCUAUCCAUGACCAGAAGGGAAACAGUCAUUUUGCGCACAACUUUAAAAAGUCUGCAUUACAUUCCUCGAUAAUGUUGUGGUUUGUUGCCGUUGCCAAGAAUUGAAAACGUAAAAAGUUAAAAAAUAAUAAUAAUAAAUUGCAUGCUGCUUUAAUUGUGAAUUGAUAAUAAACUGUCCUCUUUCAGAAAACAGACAAAAAAAAAAAAACAACAAAAAUUUGAACCAAAACAUUCCGUUUACAUUUUAGACAGUAAGUAUCUUCGUUCUUGUUAGUACUAUUAUCUGUUUUACUGCUUUUAACUUCUGAUAGCGUUGGAAUUAAAACAAUGUCAAGGUGC